AUGUCCAGGAAGGGGGAGAAACAAAGGUGCUCUAUAUGUGGUGUUGUUGGACAUAAUAAGAGCAGAUGCCCUAAACCUAUUGAGAAUGAGGCCCAAAAUUUCAAGAAUCUAAGCAAAGGCAAGCAAUCCAGGGGAAGCAACAAGUCAAACCCUCUUGCUGCUAAGGGAGGAAAGAAAACUGCAUCUACACAGCCCACUCCUAAGCUCACUGUCAAGAGAAAAGUUGCAUCAGCAACACAACCACCAACUUCAGCCCAGUCCAACAUUGUAACACAGCCAAAAAGGCCUAGAGGCAGGCCCAAGGGGACCACCAAGCCCACAUCAUCAGCCCAACAUGAUCCACCACCCAAGAGGAUUGCAAGCCCAAAAACUUCAGCACCUUCUGCAUCCUCAUCACAGCCAACCACCACAACUCUUCCAGCAUCUCAGCCAUCCAUUGCUACAGCUUCAAGCCAACCCACUGGGCACUUUUCUGUCAGUCUUACUGGAGGAUCUCAUGUUUCUCCCAGGAAACUGAAGUUAAUGGCAAAUUUGCGUCCAAGAAAAUGGAGAUUGCUUUAG